CUUUAAUUAAUCCACACGGCUUGUAUUUGUAAUAGCUUCUAGUAUCAUUAAUAACAAACCGGGUUACAGGUGUUUCCACAUACAGCCCUUCCGAUUACUUACACUUAACGUUUGCGCGGUAAUUUACACCAUCAAAAUGGCGCCGACCUUGGGACUUCUUUACAAAAAGAAGCCAUGACGAACAACAAUAUGAAAUUCAUCAUUUUCCAAACUUCCACCCCGGCAGAGGGUGUUACCCUGAUCCCGGGAGGAAUCACAUCAUUACCUUCUCUUUUCUCCCCCAUGAUCACCACCUUCACUACUCAAACAACGCCGAAUCAGGCCCUCCAAAAGUUCGGACGAUUUAUGCCCAUUUUCCAACAACCUGGGGGAUUUACUCUUUUCAUCCGUAUGAUGUAUCCCCAUGCUUUGGCUCAAAAUACAUCUCUUUCCAACACGUUGGGGCAUCCCCCGUCGUUUCAACCGACCAGUACCACCCGGUCGGUCAUCCCGACAAAACCACCCGGGGCGCUGGAAAGGGCAGGCCCUUCUCGGUCUAUGAGGAGCAGAUCCCACAAGCACCACACUCAGGUCACACCCGACGGGGGCGUGCGCUCUGUGCGCAGCAGGGAUGAAGACCGACAGGGGCCAGAAAAAGCUGCAGGGCAAGCCGUCCAGCCGGAAGGUUCACGACGGUCAGCGUUCCAGAGGCUGGGACACGAGGGGCAGAACCAGAACCGGCCGGCCAAGGAGCGGUUGGGAGUGAAGGUUCCCAAGCAAGGCAAAUUCUACAGGCUAGAAGGUGGUAGGCGACCCGGUCAGACCGGGCGCUUUGACCCUCGCCUCCCUGAUGAGCCCCAACACAAUAGGGUGCCUAGAGCGGAGGGCCAGGCGGAAAGCCAGCCCAGAGUGGCGAUGCGCACACAUGCUGAACUACCCAGCAACCAGGUGGACAAAGCGGAAGAACGUUUGGAGAGGCUCUUGAAGAGAGUUCGUAGGCAGGAAAAAAAGAAAGUGGUGUUGAACAACCGUUUUAUCAUCCGCUAAGACCGGAUAUGUACCGUGCUAAUGUUCAAUAAAGUUGAUACUUUUUC